AUGGGCCCCUAUAUACCGCCUCCUCAUGCUGCUGCCAGGCCCCUAAUCUGCCAUGGGCCCCUAUAUACCGCCUCCUCAUGCUGCUGCCAGGCCCCUAAUCUGCCAUAGGCCCCUAUAUACCGCCUCCUCAUGCUGCUGCCAGGUCCAGAGUCUGUCAUGGGUCCCUGUACGGCCUCCCAUUGCUGCUGUCUCCAUCGCCACACUCUGCCAUGUGCCACUUUCAGGUCUCCUCACACUGCUGGUGUGUUCCAUUUUUUGACAUAGGGUCCCUGUACGGCCUCCCAUUGCUGCUGUCUCCAUCGCCACACUCUGCCAUGUGCCACUUUCAGGUCUCCUCACACUGCUGCUGUGUGUAGAAUUUUUUGACAUAGGGUGCUGGCAGAUUAAGGGCCUCCCAUAGCUGCUGCCAG